AUGGCUCAGCAAGGAGUUCUGCUGGACCAGGACCAAUUUUGUUGUUCUGUCUGUCUGGAUCUACUGAAGGAGCCAGUCACAAAUGCUUGUGGACACAGUUACUGUAGGAGUUGUAUUGAGGGCUACUGGGAUCAGGAUGAUCUGAAAGGGGUCUAUAGCUGUCCCCAGUGCAGACAGACCUUCACUACAAGGCCAACUCUGAAGAUAAAUAACAUGUUGGCUGAGGUGGUGGAGAACCUGAAGACAGGACCCCAGACUGCUUCUCCUGUUCUGUGCUCUGUUGGACCUGGAGAUGUGGUUUGUGAUUUCUGUACUGGGACCAGAAAGCAGAAAGCCCUCAUGUCCUGUUUGGUGUGUUUGGCUUCUUACUGUGAGACUCACCUUGAACCUCACUAUGAAUCUACUGCAUUUAAGAAACACAAGCUGAUCAAAGCCACCACACAACUACAGGAGAAGAUCUGCUCUCACCAUGACAAAGUGCUGGAGGUUUUCUGUCGUACUGAUCAGGAGUGCAUCUGUAAUUUUUGUACAAUGGAUGAACACAAAAGCCAUGACAUAGUAUCAGCUGCAGCAGAGAGGACUAAUAAACAAAGUCAGCUGGGGAUCAGUCAGCAGAAGAUCCAUCAGAGAGUCCAGGAGAGAGAGGAGAUGGUGAAGGAGCUCCAACAAGCUGUGGAGUCUCUCAAGCUCUCUGCACAAACAGCAGUGGAGGACUCUGAGAAGAUCUUUACUGAGUUGAUCCGCUCCAUUGAGAGAAAACGCUCUGAGGUGAAGGAGCUGAUCAGAGCCCAAGAGAAGACUCAAGUGAGUCAAGCUGAAGGACUCCUGGAGAAACUGAAGCAGGAGAUAGCUGAGCUGAGGAGGAGAAGCACAGAGCUGGAGAAGUUCUCACACAUAGAAGAUGACAUCCAUUUCCUCCAGAGUUAUCAGUCUCUCUCCAGGACCAAUAUUUCUUCAGACUUAACCAGCAUCACUGUCUGUCCUCGUCAGUACUUUGGAGAUGUAAGUAAGAUGGUCACUGAUCUGAGAGAGAAACUAGAAGACUUCCUUAAAGGAGGAUGGACAAAGAUCUCCACUACAGUGAAUAUAGUGGAUGUUUUACUGUCUCCAGAGCCCAAGACCAGAGAACAGUUCUUACAAUAUUCCUGUCAGCUCACACUGGACACAAACUCAGUACAUGAAAAACUAUCUCUGUCUGAAGGGAACAGAAAGGUUACUGCUACACACCAAGUUCAACCAUAUCCUGACCAUCCAGACAGAUUUAAAGACCAGUGCAUGGCUCUAUGUAAAGAGGGUUUGACUGGACGCUGUUACUGGGAGGUGGAGUGGAGUGGGUAUUGUGUUGAUACAUCAGUCUCAUAUAAAGACAUCAGCAGGAUAGGUGAUAGAUUUGGAUACAAUAACAAGUCCUGGAGUUUUGAGUGUUAUGGUGGUUCUGGUGGUUAUUAUUUCAGACACGAUGAUGUUGAGACUAAAGUAUCAGGCCCUAAAUCCUCCAGAAUAGGAGUCUACCUGGAUUAUAAGGCAGGUACUCUGUCCUUCUACAGCAUCUCUGACACAAUGACCCUCCUCCACAGAGUCCAGACCACAUUCACUCAGCCCCUCUAUCCUGGGUUUAGUCUCUAUAAAUAUAAUGGCACUGCUGAACUGUGUAAAGUAUAGUUGGUUGUCAGAUAGAAAUAUAUAUAUAUAUUACACACUGUUUGGAGUGUUCAGAGAGUGGAACUUAUAUAAGGAACAACUAUAUAGGGUGGAACAACUAUAUAAAGGACUAGUCCAGCAAUAUACUGUAGUAAAAAUGUAACUGUAAGAAAGUUAAGACCAGAUAAAGGCUACAAACCAGCUUUACAGGAAAUUACUUGAUUGUUUUGCAUCUCAGUUAUCUCACAUGACACCAAUUUAUAUGAACUCAGCAACUCAGCUUGGACCCAAGUACAUAAACACAUCUCUCUAGCUUAAGGGAACAGGAAGGUGAUUGAUACACACCAAGGCCAACCAUAUCCUGACCAUACAGACAUUAACAAAUCACUAACAAAAAAAAUAACACUCUAAAAAGCUUAUUUGAUGGAGAUUUUCAAUGGUGAUGUCCAGGAAACUGAAUAAGACAUUUUCUUUCCCGCUGCUCAGUCAAGUUUUUUUUUGCUCUUAUUCUUUAUUUAAAUAUGGCCCAUGGUGAUGGGAAAUUAACCACUCAACAUUUAUACAGUCAGACCAUUUUUUUAUUUCCAAGUGUCUUUAAAAAAUAUUUUGUAGAAGGGAGAUUGUAGUUUGUGUGGUUUCUGGAUUUUUCUGGUGGUCAGACAAUUUUACUUGACUCCAUCUACACUUCUCACACAAUGACCCUCUUCCACGGAGUCCAGACCACAUUCACUCAGCCCAUCAAUCCUGGGAUUAGUCUUUAAAUAUAGUGAUACUGCAGAGCAGUAAUCUGUAGUAGGGUCUCAUAGAUUUUCUUUACUAUAGGAUUUUUCCAACUGAUUUGAUCUUUAGAGGUUUCUUUCAUUAUUCAAUUGAUUCUUUUCAUCAAUUCACCAUUUGAAAGAAAUGUCCUUGUGUUCGCUGAGUCUGUUCGCUCACCCUUAAUGCGUUAAAUGCCGACUCUAUUAGAAAAUACCUUUACAGGCCAAACAUGCUGUAUUGAUGAUCUGCUGCAAUCAGGUUUGAUUUUAAGCCUUAAUUAAUAAAAAUUCCACGUACGGA